AUGGCAGGCAGCAAGGAGGACUCCUUCCUCCGAGAUUUAUCCUUUUCAGGGAUUCCCUCGGAAUACCGCCAGUUCCGGCGGAAGAUUCUGUUGAGUGUCGCCAGCCUGGAAGGAAAGCAGAUUAAGUUGGCAGGACCCAAGAUCCUGACCAGACUGUCUGGUGAGGCGUGGCGAGCUACAGAGCACUUGAGCGUGGCAGAGCUUCGAGCAAGUGAUGGCUGGCUGAAGGUGUUGUCGGCCCUCGACUCUCAUUACCGUUUUCUGCCGGAGACGGAGCUGAAUGAGAGUGUGGAUGAGUUCCUGUUCCACCUCAAGCGCAAGCCGAAUGAAGGACCGACGGCCUUCAUUUCCAGGUUCAAGGCGGCUCUCAGCCGCCUGGAAACGCUUAUAGCCGCAGACAAGGCGGCUCAGAAGCACGAGCCCAAGCGCAGGCGUGCCAAGGUGAUCGAGACAGAUCGAAAGCCUUCGUCCUCGAGCAGUUCGGAGUCAGAUAUUUCCAGCAUGGACCGGGAGAAGAUGACGGCCGAGAAUGUGAGGCAGGCGUCGGCGGCAGCCGCCGCCGAGGAAAAGCCGACUGGCUCGACGGAAAAGCAGCACAAGACAGUGGGCAGCUUCGUGUCGGACAAGUCGCCCGGAAAGGCGAAGGGGCCGCCAUCGAGUGGCGGUCGCUCGGCUGGGAGCCGAGGAACCCACAAGGCCGAUGAUGAGAAGGCCCAGCGGAAGAUGCUGGAGGACCUGGAGCUCCUGGAGCAAGGUCAUCUGAAGUUGCGGCCGGUGUUCCCAGCGGUGGUACUCGGCCACCUCUUUAUGCGGAAAUACGGAUUGACCAGAGAGCAGAGGUCGCUCGUCGUACGGGCUACUGGAGGAAGCUCGAAGUUCGAGGACGUGGAGCGCAUCAUCAGGGCGAGCGACUUUGAGGACCGGCGAGUGGAUCACAGCCGUGACCCACGGUCAGUGCCGCGAGGUGCCCGGCGAGACACCGUCUUCGAGGCAUCAGCUGACAGCCCCUCGCUGUCAGAACCUUCGUUGCCUUCCUCGGAUGCGGAGGCCUACGAGGCGGAGCUGGAAACGGACGACGAGGACGUCCAGGAGCAGAUGCUUGAGGCAUAUGAGAUGCAGAAGCGAGCAAAGGAGGGUGUCAAGAAGCACUUCAAAAACUACAAGGACCAGCGCAAGCGGCUGAGGGAGAUCAAGAAAACUCGCCAGCCCUACAUGCCUGUCGUCGCCCUGGCUCCUGGAGCGUCAGGAGAUGGAACGGCUGUGGCAGCCCAGCCGGCCGCCAUGCAGCCCACCUUCAAGUAUGAUCGGAAAGGCCGCGGCGAUGACAAGAAGAAGGGCGCCAGCCGCGCCCGCAAGGAGGACGUCCACCUGAUCCAGAGCGAGAUCCUCACAGAAUUCUCCUAUAUGAUCACGACUGAGGAGCCGGCGCUGACGGAAGAGAUUGAGGUUUUCCUGGCCUCUAUUCCCCAGGGCAAUGCAGUGAUCGAUACAGGGUGCACCUCCUCGGUGAUUGGCGAAAAGUCAGCCAAGCGAUUGGCUGAGUUCCUGGCCACACGUGGUAUCCAAGGGCCCGAGUCAUUGGACCUACCUCCAGUGCAACUGCGAGGGUUCAAUGGCGCCAGAACCACGUCAAGCAAGGGACUUCGCUGGACCAUCAGGUUGGGAAAUCUCUGGGGUACGGUGACAACCUACGUCAUCCCUGGAGAAACUCCGUUCCUCUUAUCAAGGAAAGUCCUUGAAGGAAUGCAGGCCACCCUGGACCUUGGUGCCAUGACCCUGACCAGCGAGAAGCAUGGAAUGAUUGGGCAGCCUCUUGCUCAAGCCUCCAAUGGCCAUUUGCUCCUUCCUCUUGUACCUGAACCGGAGUCUGGUACCUUCCAGGCCUGCAGUGGCUCUCCGGAGGCACUGGAGGUCGAUGAUGAUGAUGAUGAGAGGCCACCCGAAGAUAACAGUAGUCAUGUAGACAGUGCAUUCUGUGCAUACAAGCCAAAAUUUGAGCGAAUUCCUGUGCAAAGCCAUACGACAACUACCUACCGGGCGAUAGCUAGACUUGAUAACACGGGAGCCGUUAGUGUUGAUGCGUGGGAGGAGCGGCCCGCUGGCAAGCGGCGUCGCGCCUACGAGUGCCGCGACACGUGCAUCUUCGCCUUCCGCCGGAAGCCGGUGAAAGCUGCCUCCGACAGGCAGUCUGUCGAGCGAGCAGAGCAGGAUGCUGCAUUGCCAGCUUCCCCCGAGUGUGUAGGCCCGGACGCGGAAGCAACUGAGGUAGAAGGUAAGGCCACUGGAAAUAUGGAAGAAUCCCAAGCCUCCCUGGACUUAGCAGCCCUUUAUGAAGCAGUCCGCCGCGCACCCUUUCAGAUGCAGCUCUCAGCGGUUGCUAGCAAUCCUGCCGAAAUUCGAGAUGAACUCCGAGACUGGAACCGCAACGGUGCAAGCAUUCGCAUCGGCCUGGAAUGGGGCCAAGACCUGCUCCGGGCUCGAGACCGAAGACUCCUCCUUCAGCUAAUUGCCCUGACUAAGUUGGCGCAUAGGGCGAAGGCUUCUGCCGAAGUCAUCCAGGCCAUCAAGGAUUUCAAGUGUGCUGUGUGUGAAGAACUGCAGGUUCCCCCGUCACACCGCGUGACUGCCAUGAGCCACACCGAGACACCAAACCAUAUAGUGGGCUUGGAUAUUGUACAGGUUGAACUUAAGAAAGAUUCUCCUCAGGGUGUUGUUGAGACUAAGUUCAAUGUGCUUACGGCAGUGGAUUACGCCACUGACUUCGCGCAACAAGUUGUGUUGCCGCCGGGGCCGCGCAGUGUUGCAAAAGCCUUUCACCAGCUCUGGUGCAGGCCUUAUGGACCCCCACGUGUAGUCUAUGUUGAUCCCGAUCAACGUUGGAUAUCCGGGGACUUCCAAGAUUACCUGCGACAUAACUCUAUCACACUCCUCAGUGCGGCCACGGAGUCUCACUGGCAGAUCGGCCGGGUUGAGAUUGCCCAGCGCAUCCUGCGUAAUAUGGCCAAGAGAGUUUGGAGAACCACAAGCCGUCCUGCUCAUGAAGUCAUAGAAACCUGUGCUACGACUUGCAAUGAACAUCUGCGUAAACACGGGUUUUCUAGUGCUCAGUGGUUCUUGGGUAGAGAGCCUAGGGUCCCUGCUAGCCUAGCUGACGUGACUGAGCGUGACAACCUGGCCACACAAGAUGCCGUUCUGUCGGAGCCUGAUUUCCACGCCAAGAUGCACUGCCGACAGCUGGCCGCGCAUGCCUUCAUUGAGGCCCAUGCACACGAGACGUGGCGCAAAGCUAUACAAGGCCGAAAUCGCCCCUUGCGCGGGCCAUAUGUGGUAGGACAAUCCGUGUAUGUGUUUCGCCGCGGUGCCCGCGGUCUGCUGUCGACACGGCACGGUGUCUGGCAUGGCCCUGGCAAGGUCGUUGGCACCGAAGGUUUUCGGCAUGAUUCUCCAGUGCCACGUGUGAUUUGGGUGGUCAUCAACGGUCUCAUGUAUAAGUGUUCGCCUGAGUGUCUGCGCCCUAUAGUCGAAGACGAGCAAAUGUUCAAACAACUGGCUCAGGAGUAUCAUACCGGCGUGCUUGCGCCAGAGCUUGAGGUGCCCCGUAGGUACAUGGGGCCCGGGGGACACUGUGUUGAUCUUACCAACCAACCACCCGAAGAUGCGGAUUUUGAUGACCUGCUGCCCCCCCUGGAACAUGAGCCGCCAGAGCUGCCAGACAAUCCUGCACCUGCGGUGCGUCGCCGUGUCACCCAUGGUCCCGCCUACUGGGAGGGACGUGCGGCGGAUCUUCAGGAAUCACAGACCGAGUUGGGCCAGAUACCGUCUCCCCGCCCACUGCCGUCUACCCGUCCCGGCGCGGAUCUGCCCCAAGAGGGCGAGCGUCUGAAGAGCCGCCGUCUUGAGGAGCCGGAAGCCCCUCCAUCUGUGACCCCAGGUCAGGUUCCAGAUUCAAUGUCGGAGCUUUCGUAUUCGCCAUCACUAGACCCAGAAAACCUGGAGGGCGGGCAAGAUCUGGAGGGCGGGCCUGUUCAAGAGGGCGAGCCCGCGGAAUCCAAUGCACUUCCGCCGGAAGCCAUGUGCUGUGAGGUGUCCUUCGAAAUUUUCAAGGAUGAUGUGCAGGAUGACAUCUCAUGUCUUUGGACAGCCUUGGCUGAAUGUGCCGAAGUCAAGACUAAGCCUGCCAAUAAGCGCCGGGUUGAAGUGAAUUUUAGGAAGCUUGACUCUGAGGAUCAAGAAAAGUUUCGGCAUGCAAUGUCUAAAGAAUGGCAAUCGUGGCUAGAAAACAAGGUCACCUCAAUCGUCAAGGCUAAAGGCAUAGACAGGUCCCGAAUUAUAGGCAGUCGCUGGGUCCUCACCUGGAAGACCAGCGCAGAUCCUGACAAUAAGAGUGUCGUGCCUAAGGCGAGAUUGGUUCUUGUAGGGUACCAGGACCCUGACUUAGGGAAAAUAGCCACGGAUAGUCCAACCUUGCGGAAGGAAAGUAAGCAUAUCAUCCUCAGCCUGUGCGCCGCCUUCGGGUGGAUUCUUUGGAGUGCCGAUAUCAAGACAGCCUUUCUGUCUGGCGAUGCUUCCUGCCGAAACAUCCACUUCCGACCACCGCCCGAAGUCCGCAAAAUCAUGGGACUGGGUCCUGAUGACCUGCUCCGUCUUGAGAAGGCAGCUUACGGAUUGGCAGAAGCUCCGAGAGCUUGGUUCUUGAGAUUGACCCGCGAGCUUAAGGCCCUAGGACUGAAGGUAAGUGCCCUUGACCCGUGUGUGUUUCUUCUGCGCAGCCCUGAUAACCACCUCAUUGGGAUUUGCGGGGUACAUGUUGAUGAUCUGCUAGGUGGUGGCACAGCUGAAAUGGAUAAAGUCCUCGCGAGACUUAGGAAAACCCUUCCUUUCGGAGAAUUCAGGACGAAGACUAUCAAGUACACCGGGGCUGAGAUAAGACAACAUCCGGAUUUCAGUAUCGAGCUCAGCCAGGAGUCGUACAUAGAGAAGAUGGAUUUUGUCCCCGUGCCCGGUAAGUCAACCGUAGACCUGCCAGACGCUCGCGUGAUGCGAGCCUGCUGUGGACAGCUGGCUUGGGUCGCUAGCCAUAGCCGGCCGGAUCAAGCUUUCCUGUCCUCCUACCUGCAAGGCGUUCAGGAUCGUGCACAGUACCGUCACCUGACCAUGUAUAACAAAGCACUUCGCGAAAUGAAGCAUCAUAAGGUUACCUUGAAAUUCCCUUGCGUCCCCGCAUCUGAUUGGAGACUUCUUGUGAUUACGGAUGCAGGCUGGGGAGUCAGGGAAAGUGGCGAGUCACAAGGGGGACUCAUCUUGUGUUUGUGCGAGAGCAAGGUUUUGCGCCAGGAGGAAGGCAAGUGUUGGGUCAUUGAAUGGGCCUCGAAGAAGCUUAGGAGGAUCGUUAGGAGUUCCACCGCAGCGGAAACCUUGUCGUGCCAGAACGGUCUUGACUGCAUUGAGUUUGCGCAGGCAUUCAUUCAGGAGUGUUUAGAGGAUAUGUCACCCCGUGAGUUUAGAACCUGGACCCCAGAAGUUCAGUCGGGUUUAGUGAUAGAUAGUAAAUCCUUAUAUGAUGCCCUGACUCGUUCUGCCUGUUCAACUGCUCUUGCAAUUGAAAAGCGCCUGGCUAUCGACUAUGCCAUCGCUCGCGCCAGCUUGCAGGAAAGGAACAUCGUGCCCUUCUGGACAAACAAUCUACAGAUGGUUGCUGAUUCGUUGACCAAGUUGAAGGGUUCGUCAGACAUCCUUUACCAGUUGCUCUCCACAUGUCGGUAUCGCAUUAAGCCGUGCACGCAGUCAGGAAGGAAGGAGAAGGCCGAUGCAAAGCCGAAUUACAAGAGCAGCUGA